AUGCCUGGUGCCUUCGGACCUGAAGAUUACAUCGAUUUUUAUCAUGGUCCCUUCGAAGUUUUCAACGGCUCUGAAACUUCCGGGGAGAAGCAAGAGCAGCAAGGUUCUUGGGCGGUCAAGAAAUUGCCCGAUCUUGAUAUUGUUGACCUCGACUGGCACAAAUACAGCCCACCAAAGGCAUUGAGAAAGGCGCCAAAUAUCACGUCUCAAGUCCUUCUCGACGUACUUCAGUCUUCAGUUGAGAAUGUCAACGCAAGAAUCAUUGAAGAGGAUCGCCAAAAGAAAGAAAGUGAGGAGCAAAGAAAGCAACAGGAAAACGAGAAGGGUAAAAGCAAGGAGCCUUAUCUGCCCAUCAUUAUACCUACAGAACCUCCAGUCGAGGAAACGACUAAUCACGCCGUACCUCCCCCCAAUAUUAAAAAAGAGAUUCUGAUGACAACUUUUGGUCCUAGCGUUGUCACCCAAGCCGAUGCAAGAGCAAAUAAGAGACGCCUUUUUGCCCUUCGCCGUUUCUUCCAGCGCAGUGAUGAGCGAGGCGAGAGUAGCGCCGCGGGUGCCGCUCUCGGAGCUUUGCAAGAACGGGUCGCAGAAGCUGAGCAUGUUAAUGAAAGUCUCGGCCGGUUGGCUAAACUAAACUCCGUCGAGGAAGUGGAAUGUGUGUCCUGUCUGGACGACUUUCAUCCCAAGGACGUCAUCAAAGUGCCUUGUCAUAACUAUUGUCGCGACUGUUUUGUUCGUCUGGUUACUGCUGCAUGCCAGAAUGAACAACAGUGGCCACCCAAGUGCUGCCUAAACGAGAUACCCGUCAAGACCGUCAUGCGUUUCAUCCCGUCCGACCUGAAAAAGACAUUUGAGGACCGAUCCAAAGAGUGGGAGCUCCCCGUCAGCGACCGUGUCUACUGCAGCAAUUCGAACUGUAAUCUCUGGAUCAAGCCCAAGCGGAUCUAUCCUGGGAAGCGUCAAGGAAUAUGCGAUCGCUCUCAUGUAACAUGCACGUUAUGUCGUGGGCCCGCUCAUGCUGGAGAGGAUUGUCCUCAAGAUGUCGAUAUGAGUCUCACGAACCAAUUGGCCGAGGACGAGGGCUGGAAACGAUGUUUCAACUGCAACGCCUUGGUAGAGCAUAGGGAGGCUUGCCAGCACAUGACCUGUAGGUGUGGUACCCAAUUUUGUUACGUUUGCUCUCGACGAUGGCGAACUUGCACUUGUACGAUGGAGGACCUUCAGGCCCUGAAGGAGGGGGUUGUUUCUAGACGCGCAGAAAGGCACGCCCAGGAGCUAGAGGAGGCCGAGGAAUUACGGUAUAUUAUUCUGCAAAUCGAGGAGUUUGAGCGUGAAGAGGCUCUCAAGGCCGAGCUCCUACGAUUGGAGCAGGAAAGACUAGAGGAGGAACGCCGCCAGCGUGAGCUCGAGGAAAGAGUACGGCAGGAGAGUAUCCGUCGAAGGGAUAUUGAAGUCAAGUAUCAAGAGCUGAGGACCGUACUCGAUGAGCUGCAUGACCUGCAACAAGUAUUACUCGAUGCUGACCAAGAAGAGGAAGCUGAGAAUAUGAUUAUUGACAUCAGAGCUGCAAAGCAAGAGUUGGAAAUGAAACACGAGACAGAACUAUCUGAGUUGAAAGCACUCGCACUGGCCAAGAUGACUGAAAAGGAAAAUUCACUGAACAAUGACUUCCGAGUUCGUGCAGCGAAGGAGAAUGAGCUUGAAGAGGCUUACCAUGAGCAGCUCAAAGCGUAUUGGGAAGGCAAGAAUAACGGAGACCAAGAAGUUGAGAAUUCAAUGCUCGCUCUCAGAAAGCGUAUGGAUCAGAAACACCACGCGUGGCAGAAGUGGAAGGCCGACCAGCUCAAGGUCUUGGAGGCCAAGCUCGAAGAUAACAGAACAUAUCGAGAGGAGCUCAUGUAUAGCGCCAAACACCGGCUAGACGACUCUUGCAAGGAGAAAGAGGCGGAGAUGAUGAGGCGUAUAGCAGCUGAGAAGAAGUGGCUUGAGGCUGUGAUACUGGAGAGGGAGAAGCUGCUGAAUGAACGGGAGGCUCAGGAGGUUGAAGGUGAUGCAGACAGCAUAUUUGCGGUGGAGUCAGAAGAUUCUGGGGACGGCCACUAUGUUAUUGCCGCGACGUUUUAG